CAGGUGCACAACCGCAUGGCGGCAGUUUUGGGAGCUCCUCGGCAGGCACAGCAGGGGGCAUGGGCGUGGGACUGGAGUCGACCUUCCAGUCUGAAGAAGGGUUUGGCGAGCCCGACCCCGCACGCAACGGCAGGGAGCAGUGGACUGUACGGCACGUGUUGUCGUACAUGAAGGCUCGUCCCGGCAUGUACCUGACCCACAUCAUCAUGGAGUAUUGCGACCGGGGCUCUCUGCUUUGUGCAAUCAAACGAGGCGUCUUCCGAACCGAUAAUGUGCCACCACCGCCCCAUGCACCUGCUCAAGCCGCUGCUGCUGCUGCUGUUGGGGGUCAUGCUGCCUCAGACUCCCCUGCUGCUGCUGCCUCAGACGCCCCUGCCGCCGCUGCUGCUGCAGCCGCUGCAGCUCAGCACCUGCGGUACAGUCAGCGAGUGGUGCUGAGGGCCAUCCUGAGGACGUCUCGGGACAUUGCGCAGGGUAUGUGCCACCUGCACGCCAACGGCAUCAUCCACGGCGACCUCAAGCCUGGCAAUGUACUGCUGCGGGGCUGCAGGAGCGACAGGAGGGGAUUCGUAGCGCUCGUGAGCGAUUUCGGGUUGAGCAAGAUCGCCCGCGGCGACAAGCCUCUGGAGCUGAACCACUGGUCCACCGUGACGGUGAUGGCGCCAGAGGUGAUUCUGGGCAGGUGGAGCAAGGCGUCGGACGUCUUCUCGUACGGCAUUCUGUUGUGGCAGUUGGUGACGGGAGACGUGAUGCCGUACGGCAAGUGUACCGUACAACAGAUCCUGGUCGGCGUGUCGCAGGGCACGCUCACCCCCACCUGGCCCCCCUCCGCGCACCCCGCUCUGGUUCGACUGGGUCGCGCCUGCCUCGCAACCAACCCGGAAAAGAGACCCAGCUUCGAGGCGAUCGUGAAGAUCCUAACCAAGAUCGAACAGAACGUUCGCAACGAACUCAAACUGCAACGAGCUGCCGAGCGACAGCGCGCGGCGGGGCUGCAGAUCGCGUCAGUGGUGGGAUCCGGGGCAGGAGGUACGGCAGCAGCGGCGCCGGGGAGAGGGUUGGGCAGUAAAACCCAUCAGCACCCGAGCCUCAUUGGUGGCAGCAACAGCAACACUAGCUCUACCAUCACAGCUAACGGCUCAACCGUCACCCUCGGCAGUAGCAACAUGACGAGCAGCGACGGAGGCGGCGGCGCGGCAGCUAACGGCAGCGGCAACCGCACCAACGACCACAACGACAAUGAACACAACCGCAACUGUGUUUCAGGGGAGAUGACCCGUGGGUCGGCGCAAGCGCAGCCGCCGCACCGCUUGAUGGGCCUUGUAGCUUUAGAGCAGCAGCCCCAACACCGGUCCCAGCAGCAGCAGGCGGGAGGAAGGGACGUUCCGUUUAUCGCUCUCGCGCAAAACGGUUGUGGCAACGGUAACGGCGGCGGCCCCGCGGAUGCAGAUGCUGCUCGUGGCAGCCGGGAGGGCGUCAGUGAGAUCAGCGACAGUGACGGAGAUGGCGGCUAUGACCACGUAGGGGAUGACGGCGGCGGUUUCGGAGAUGAGUACGACACUGACGUAAUCGCUGCGGCUGGUGUUGAUAGGGUGCUGGGGCCGCUUGGAGAGGAUGAGGAGGAGGAGGGCGAGGGGAGGUUGGGUGUUGCCAGUAAUGCCAAGCUGCUGAAGUUUGCUCGCCUGCAUUCGGCUUAGUAGGCAGGGUGCAUGCAGCUAGGCAGUCGUUGCAGCCUGCGGAGCCAGAUGAGCGUGUUUCAAUUUGUCGUACAGCCUGUCAUUCAGCCAGCCGUACAUAUUGCCGCACAGCCAAUUGCUGCUAGGCGGCCAAGGGGCAGGCAAGCGGGUAAGCGGGCGGGCCCGCCGUGUGCAUACGCUGUUAACACAAGUAUUGAGAAAUCAAUGUGGAGGAGCCUAAUCUAGCUAGUAGGUGCCAAAGCACCCGACAGUGGGAGGAGGAAUGAAAAUGGUAGUGCCGGAAUGCGAGUGGAAGGGUCAAUUGGGGUGGCGUGUUGCGUGCGUUGAGCAUGUGUGGUUGAUGGUGGCAUGUGAGGAUUAUGCGGACCAUAAAGGAAAGUGAUGAGCUGAUGGCAGGUGGGUUUAUUGUAGGAACAAGUACAAGGUUGGCAAGAUGCGAACAAAAAGUAUAUUGCUACCCGGAUUCAUGCAAUCGUCUGUGAUCUGUGGUUAUGUAAUUUCUGAGGUAUACGACAGUUGUUCUGGCGUUGGGUGGUUGAUAUUGGUGGUUAACAGUUGACAGUUGGCAAGGUAGAUAGACGGAAGCGUGGUAAAUAGACGGCUGGUAUUUGUCGUCCUUUACCAUCUUCUUGUCGUUUUAACGGUAAGCAUGGCUGUGGAAUGGCGGCUUGGGUUGGAAGGGAAACUGGCUAGGUGGAGGGGAAAGGAAGAAAGGAUAUCAUGCCCUUUAUGGUCAAGUUGAAAUGUGCGGAGGGUCAAGCGCUCUAAGUAUAAGCGAAGCAGAACCUUAAGAAUUGCCCGGACGCCUGAUGAUGUUUUUAGUCCGCGUGUGUUAAAGCAAACGAACGCUUGACUUAGGUUAUUCCUGGGAUUGCUUUCAUCGCGAUCCUGGAUGCUCCUAGCGCUUGGCAGAUGCCUGCUGUUAUGCGCGUCUGAUGUGACAGUCUUUAGCUGUGUGUGGUUUCGGUCUGUGCUAUGCUAUGAUACGUAAGAAUGAUUCGCAUGAUCUGAGAAUGCCAUGGGCUGAUGUUAUGCGACCAUGCUAUGUGGUGACUCGUUUUUGUUAAGCUGCUGAAGUCGUUAAGGUCGGUUGCAAUCCGUUCCGCAAUUGCGUGUAUGUGCCAUAGCUGCUAGCUGGCUUUCUGGGUUUGGGAGCUUGAGGACCCCUGAUGACGUGGCCUCUCCCCUCCUGCCACUUGCGUGAAUCUGCAUGUUGUUAGAUAUGGACACUGCGAGUGGGAACGUACCCUGGAUGGCUCGAUGGCAUUUGCGUGGUGUUGAAUGCGUAUGCGGGCACGGGCAAUCCCCGUUGCGGCGGCGUUUCGGACAAGGUGUGCCUAUCUGGUUGCCUUGUGCGGCAAUGGUGCAGCUUUUGGGGGUGUGGCAGAGCCCUGCGGGGGCUGGUUCUAUGGGUUUGGGCGAAUGGCAACACCGACCUGCUUCCUUCCUAUCCCGCGAAAAUGGGGUGCUGGUAUGCACGGGGGUUGUUUACUUGCUGUUUUACCUGCUGCCCGUUUGACAAAAAAGCACCCUAUUGCGCUAGGGGAGCUGGUCUGGCGUGAGGAUAGGACGAGCCCGCUCUCGUGGCCAUGGCGUUACACCUUACGUUGGGUGGGGACGUUCGUAUCAUGUGAAGACAAGCUCGAUAGGUUGGAUUUCAGUUUUGGAACCACGUUUCACCUGUGUUAUGGAGCUUGGUAUGUGUGAGACAAAGCGUGCGUGGUAUAUGUGGGUGUAAAGCACGGCACGUAUGGUUGUUGCUACGAGUGGCUGUAUGCGUGUGUGGCGCUGUGGAAUAAGAUGUGCUCGGCCUGUGUGUUUGGUGGCUAGUUUGCCCCGAUUCCUUGUUUUGCCAACGCUUUUUAGGCACACUCGUUACGGUGGUUAGGUUUGGUUUGUCGGAUGUUUGGGAUAUUGAAUCAGGGUAGGGGAGAGGGUUGGAGCCACGUGCCCUCAACAUCACUCCGUCAACAUCACUCCGGCAAAGUAGCGUUUGUUUUGGAGAUUCGAGCUCACACUGGAUGAAGGGCACCGUACGUCACCAAACGAGGUCUUAAUCGUAAGCUGCUAUCGUUCCAAGCUUGCCGUCCUCGUCGAUCGUCCUAACUGCGGUUUAGGGGAGGAAUUUUUCAUCCUACCAAAUGUUGGACAGUACUUUGACUUUUGCUUGCGGUGGCGUCUGGGGCACGAGUUUUAGGAAAAAGGGCGUAGGCCGUUCUGCGGUUACACUUUGCACCCUGUCCUGAAGCGGCAAUGGAGUAAGCUGAGUAAAUUUGGGAUGGGCUGGCUACUAAAAUAAAUUGGUUAAGAGCAGAGGGUAGAAGCUGUGAAGCCUACGACGGAAAAGCGUAUGAAAUAGCUAUCGCUGCUGGAGUGGUUUUGGGCGACGUAUGUGAGUUGGUUGGGUACGAACGGGGAUAUUUGUUUCUCAAUUGCGAUGCUCGACGUGCGUUGCUGCUGUCUGAGAGAAAUUCUAGUCGUUUAUGUGAGUCGUCAUAGAAUCACUUGGGUACCACCUCCCAGACCCCAGUAGCCAACCCCAUUGGUGGAGUUUGGGGGGGCGGGGGAUAAAUUGGAGGAGGGAUAAAGUCUGGGGACAGGCUUCACUCAUUUUUUUGCGUAUUGCGGUAGAUCGAGCGACUCAGGAACUCGUCAUGUGGGUCGAGGUAUCAAAUAUAGAUGGCAGCGUGUGCAUAAUUACGAUACGUUACGAUUGACGGCUUACGGCACUUGUUGGUAGUGGCGUUGUACUACAUCAAUAAAUUGAAUUCCUUUUCACUGCACACGACCAUUUAGCAAAAAUAACACACGCAUGUGCGGGGCGUUUUGCUUAUGGCAGAACACGGCGGUCGGCGGAUGCGGGGAUUUGCGGCGUUUGGCGGAUCUUGGCCGAUCCUGUUUGGUGUUCCUUACCCGUGUGCCCGUGCUCUUGCCUGCCUCCUGCAAGCGUUGCUUGGGUUCCUGUCGCACUCUUAAAGGAGAGUUCAAAUUUUUUAAUUUCCCUGCAUAUCCGAAUGUCU